AUGGAGGUUGAGCGUCAAUUACACAAUACAGCGCUGCAUACGACUGGUCGCAAUGAGGAUGGUAGUCGCUCGAAUGCCAGCUUCGACACUGGCACUAAUGCGAGAUGGGAACGACAGCUGAUGCGACAACGUGGUGCUGGUAGCAGGCCUGUCGAAAACAUAGAUUUCGGCUUCGGGUUCACGUUCAGUGCGCCAAAUACGCCAGCAUCAAGAAGAUCAAGGACGAGGAGUAAGACCCCAGCCAGUGCAACUCGACAACAUGGACCCAUACAAACAUCGUCGCUGGUCGAGAAUGACGACCCUAUCAUACGAGGAGUUAUAGGCAGCACGAGACCAGAAACUGAACAUGAGGGAGUUGAAGAGGAGUUUCCUGAUAGGUCGCAGAGGAAGAGACGGCGGCUUAGCGAGAUCUCUAAUAUGACAAGAACUACGGAUGUCAGUCACCCUCUGACCACACUAUAUGAGGGAGAAGUAGUGAAUGCAGAAGUCGAAACUAUCGCGAGUGUCACUCCUGCAAAAAUUCGUCCACCUUCUUCACCUCUGUUCUUUGCAAGCACUGCCCAGGAUGGUAAUAAUCUGGAUAAAGAGAACAAUCCAGCUCCAACAGACAUGAACAGACCUGCUGCCAGAAAACGAAAACGAAAAUCAAUUGGACAACAGUCCAAGAAGAAGCGAACAUCCAACACGGUACGGAAGCACCUACCAACACCUUCCGAUACACUAGAAGAAAAUCUCGAAUCUGAAGCACAAUCUAGGCCCGAUCAGGUUGAUGUCUACAGUCGAGAGCAAAGUGUCAACACAGAAGCAUCACCUGUGGGCCCCUCUCUUGUACAAUCGCAACAUGGACAACCUGUUCGUCGCAGGAAGAGAAAAUCUAUUGUUCAAGGAAAGACGAGGCGGAAGUCAGCUGUUGCCCGCUCGUCCUUGCCACUACCUGCGGUAGAAAGUAUCGAGUCCGAUGUUUCAGAGGACGUCGACCAAGAUAACGACCAUGAAGAUGUAUCGGAGAUUACUCCAGUGGUCGGCAGCAACUCACGCUCACAGUCUGUGUCAGAAACCGAACUUGAUACACAAUCUUUCCAACCUGAAGCGCGUGAGGAUCCACAAUCAGAGACUGCGCCGUCUCAGCUCGGACGAACCAGGCGUCAUGCUUCUACAUCCACCGAGGACGUCAGACGGGGAGAUCCUAAUCAGUCUCAAAACGCCUAUGAUGAGGAAGGUGAGGAGGACGCAUACUCUCCAGACGACGCAACUCCCGAAGCAACGCCAGCACCAAAACGUGCGAAGAACAAGCAGAAGCCCGCCAGCUCAAAAAGCAGUACACGCCCACGGAAUACAGUCAAGCAGCCCAAGUCUACCAUCCCCAUCGUCACACAUCGCAUGACCAAUCUUCGCGCACUGCCUACAAUCAAUGAACAACCCGAAGAAGAUGAGCACGAGCACGACUCAGACAUCGACGAACUCGCCCUCCCAGCACCACCAACAAUCACAAUACGCACAGCUCCUAAUGCCGUCGACGUCCUUGCUCAAGCAUGCCGCGAGACCAUCGAUACCAUCACCUCAGAUCUCAAACAAUCCGCAACGAGCUCCCUUUCAAAAUCCGAAUUGACCAAACGUCUCGCUGCUCUCCAAGCUUUCCGUUCGACUCUUGACCAUCAACUAUUCCAAACAUCCCAGUCCCUCGACCAGCGCCUGAACGCCGAAGCUCGAGUACGGGCGUCUCGUCGUGAGAAAGCCGAAUUACAGGCGAGAUGGCUGGAGAUUCGACGGCGAAGAGAUCAGCUGGAGCUGCGCAAGGACGCUAUCCGACGACAGCAUUGGGAGAAUGAGAGCCUGGCUACUAAGCGGUUUGAUGCUAGUGAGGCUGCGCUUGGUGUUGAAGAUUCUCUUUCGAGAUCACGAGAACAUCAGGAUUUGGAUCGAGGCCCAGAACUAGAGUUUAAACUUAUGAAGAUUGCUAGGGAUGUGAGUAAUGCUAGUAAUGAUGGCAGUGGCAGUAUUCUGCAAACAGUAAGGGCUUUUAAUGCUCGCUUAGAGGAUACAACGACGAGGCUCGGAUAA